UAUUCUCCUUGCCAGUCAUUGCGGUGGCUCUCUGGGCAAUCAUUUUCAAUCCUUUGUUUUUUUUUUCCUUUCCUUUUUUAAACCCUACUACAUCUUGAAAAGCAGCUUCUUCGCAACUGUGGGCCCAAGAUGCCUGCUUUCGAGGGCGCUGAGAAGGCUGUGAGCGGUAGUACUAGUAGCAGCAGUGCUGCAGGGUCGAGCAUCUCGUUCCCCGUCACAAGGGACCAUAUCCUUCACUGCUCCUACGAUUAUUGGUUCCCAAAAUACCGCACCUCAUGUAUCCGGUCACGUAUCAUCAAAUUGCCUCCCGAGUUCAUCGACUACAUCAGGGAGGACGGCAUCAUCCUGUCAAGCGACAGCAGUGGAUCUCCUGGAGAUGAGGAUGGGGACGACGAUGAUGACUGGGAGCCAACAUCAACGGCCUACUCUCGCCCCGUCCCAGAAGAAGAAGACUCGGGCUCGGACUCGGACUCAGAUGACGCAGGAAGCAGCAGUCACUCGAGGCUGCCGCCCAACCAGCGGUUCCCAGACCUACACCAGACCAUCAAGGACACGAUCAAGGAACUGGGCGGGCAGGUGGCGCCCAAGCUCAACUGGUCGUCGCCCAAAGACGCGGCCUGGAUCUCGCCCCACCAGAACACCAUCAAGUGCACAACGCCCGACGACAUCUACCUGCUGCUGAAGAGCUCCAGCUUCAUCACCCACGACCUGGAUCAUGCUUUUGACGGGACUGUUGCCACCGCUUCCGCCUCCUCCUCGUCCGGUCUGCCCUCGGCAGCUUCCACGGCCGGCCUCGGGUUCCAGCCCGUCCUGGUCCUCCGCUCCUUUUUCAACCCCCAGACGGCCCAAGAGUUCCGCUGCUUCGUCAAGCAGCGGAGCCUCAUCGCCAUCACCCAGAGGGACCUGAACCACUACGACUUCCUUCAGAGGUACCGGUCAGUGAUCACCGACCGUGUCAAGGACCUCUUUGACACAAAACUGCGCUUUACCUUCCCGGAUGGGAACUUCUGCUUCGACGUCUACAUCCCCGAGGUGACGAGGGACCCGUUCCAGAGCGACAGCAGCAACGACGACUCGGACCAGGAGGAGGACCCUGACAAGACGCUGGGGCGGGCGAGGCUGAUCGACAUCAACCCCUGGGCGCCGAGGACGGACACGCUGCUCUUCGACUGGGGCGAGCUGCUUGAGCUCCAGGUGCCAAAACCCAUGAUAGGGACCAACGGAAGCAUGGAGAAGGGAAUGAUCCGGCUGCACCUCGCGGGCGGAGGGGGUUUAGGCCCGGGCGAGGACGAGACGACGACCGAGGAGGAGGAAGAAGAAGAAGACGAGGACUACGAACCGGAGCUACGGCUUGUCGAGAAGGAUGACCCUGCAGCCUACAACUUCAGCUCGCCACAGUACUCGGCACACAAGCUACCCAAGGAAGUCGUGGAUGCCAGUGCGUCUGGGUCUGGCGGCCUGAGGGAGUUUGCCCAGCAGUGGAACGAGAUGGUGAAUCGGAGGCGGUAGUGAUAGCCUGUCCUCAAAAUGCAUUUCAAUUUUCGAAAUUAAACCCC